GCGGCCGGGCGGAGGGGAGGGUGUAGGUAACGCCGGCUGUGGGGUCUGGGUGUCCGGGGCCGGGGACCAGGUAGGCCCCCGCGGCUGGCUUGGCGGCCGACAGUUACUUUCUCGAGCGAGCCCAUCAGGACCAGAGAGCCGAGGUCUAGAAGGCACGACAGCCACGACACUCAUCGGCGGAGUGUUCAAAAUAAACCCGAGAGCGAGAUGGAUGAUAGUUCAAAAGACAGCAAGCCACUUGAAACCAAGGCGUCUGCUAUUAAUAACGCUGAAAAUACCUCUUUCAUUUUGGGAAAUGGGAAGCUUGUAACUCCUCCCAAGCCUGCAGCUGAAGUGACUCCUAAUCGUUGCAUGUCAGAUGCUUUUCAGUCACCUUUGAACUUUUCCACAGUAACCGUGGAGCAAUUGGGAAUUACACCUGAAAGUUUUGUAAAGAACUCUUCAGGAAAGUCAUCAUCCUACCUUAAAAAAUCCAGACGACGCUCUACAGUUGGUGUUCGGGGCUCUCCUGAAACAAACCAUCUAAUUCGUUUCAUUGCCCAGCAGCGGAAUUUAAAGAAUGCUUCUUUGACCAAGAAUUCCCCUUGUCAGGGCAGCCCUGUUUUGUAUCGAAAUGUUCAUUCUUUAAGAGAGCAAAUAUCUGCCUUCCAGUCGGCUUUUCACUCCAUAAAGGAAAACGAGAAAAUGACUGACUGUCCUGAAUUCUCAGAGACGGAAGGAGAGUUCAAGACCACAGCCUCGACCAAAAAGGAGAGUCUUGGUGAAUGUCAACAGUGUGAGUUCCCUGCAAACUUGUCAUCCAAGCGACAGAGAACAUCCUCUCCGAGCAGCUCUGAUGGAAAUCUAACUGAUGCCUUUGGUCUCCAGAUACACAAUGUUGCUGCUUUUCCCAAUACAGAUAGACAGUGUGCUGUUGAAACUUCUGCAGAUCUCUCUGAGAAAUCUUCUGAAUCUGGUUUAAAUCUACAGUCUAGAUGUUUAGUUGGAGAGUAUCCUCUACUUUCAGAGCUCACAGAGGCUUCAAGUGGAAUCCAGGUUGCUGACUCUGUAGAGGGCGAAAGAUCCAGUGAUGCCGUUUCAGUUGACAAAUUUACAGAAGUGAGUAUAGACAUGGCUCCUGAAGCCGGGUCACUGGUUACUCCACUGUGCCAGAGGGACAUUCCAUCCUCUGAGACCUUUGUACUUCGUUCUGUGCUGAAGAAACCUUCUGCAAAGCUGUGUCUAGACAGCCUGCAGGAACGCCGUGACAACCUCUGUGAUGGUGGGACUCAUCCAAACUUAAUCUUAAAUCUUGCAAACUGUUGCAAAGAACAAAAAGCAGAAGGUCAAGAAAAUUGUAAAGUACCAGACUCUCUAAAUAUGAGGAAGAGGAAGAGAGUUACUUUCGGAGAGGACCUAAGCCCUGAAGUAUUUGAUGAAUCUUUGCCAGCAAACACUCCGUUGCGUAAAGGAGAAACACCGGUUUGUAAAAAGGAUUUAAGUACCCUCAGUCCCCUGCUACUUGAACAGUCCCCAGCUCCUGAGGGGUUACUUCAACCAAAUUUUGAUGACAAGGGAGAGAAUCUUGAAAACAUAGAACCUCUUCAGGUAUCAUUUGCAGGUCUCAGUCCUCUUAGUAAGUCUUCAAUCUCUGAGACUCUUUCAGGCACUGAUACCUUUACCUCUUCAAAUAACCACGAGAAAAUAGCCUCCUGUAAAGUUGGUAGAGCAACGCGGACCUCUAACAGAAGAAGUCAGUUGAUCAGUUUUUCAGAAGAGAGUGUUUGCAACUUAUUUAAUACAGAAGCUCAGCCUUGUAAAGAAAAGAAAAUUAAUAGGAGGAAGUCUCAAGAAAGCAAGCGCGCAGACAGAGCACUUCCUAGAAAGAGUCAGGUUUUAAAAAGUUGCAGAAGGAAGAAAGCAAAGGGAAAGAAAAAAAGUGUUCAGAAGUCUUUAUAUGGGGAAAGAGACAUUGCGUCUAAGAAGCCGCUCCUGAGCCCUAUUCCUGAGCUGCCCGAGGUAUCUGAGAUGCCGCUGGUUCCAAGCAUCUGGAGGAUGUGUUCAGAUGAUUUCAACUCAAAUGGUGAACUUGAAGAAGUGAAGCUUCCGAAGAGAAAUAAUAUUUUGCCUCAGAACCCAGAGGAUUGGCAGAUGAUUCGAGGCUUUAAUAAAUACGAUGUGUCUGAAUUCUGCAACUCUGACGUGAAAAGUUCCUCGUCACUUAUUAAUGCUACUUUUGAGCAAGGUUCAAAUACAAGUACUAUAGAAACUAAUGAAAACAAAAAUAUUCCAAAAGCAGCAAUUAAGUUGGAAAGUGAAAACGAACUAAAAACUGGGACUGAGAAUGAAAACAGCCAUGUUUCUUGUCCUUCUGUGACUGAAACACCCAUUGUAUCAGACAAUCCAAAACCUGAUUUUACCAUGCAGUCCCAAGAACUUUCUGCCGCUGGUCAAAAUAUGGAAAACCUUUUUCAAAUCUUUAAAAUCUCAGAAGAUAUAAACAUCAAAUGUGAAAACCAGGAUGACUUCUUAGUUGUCCCAGAAGGAAAACUGCAGACCAAGCAUUUAAUGCCCGACUCACAAAAAGAAUGUGAUUGUUCAGAAGAUGUCUUAGUUGACCACAUGAAAGAAAGUAAAAGUCAAGGUGAGGAUUUGGGAAGAAACACCAUAGCAAGUAGUCGUGGUGUGAGUUACAGAGAAAGGAAAUACAGAAGACAGGCCGUGGCUUGUUCUGAUGGGCAAAGUUUACAUUUGGAAAAAACCGAGAAUCCCAAACUUUCCUACAGUGUGAGCAGCCCUGUAGAAAUUAGUUUAGAAAAUUCCCAACUGUAUAAAGACUUAUCUGACUCCAUUGAGCAAACCUUUCAGAGAACAAAGAGUGAAACCAAAGUAAGACGCAGCACAAGGCUACAAAAAGGUUUGGAAAGUGAAGAAGGGCUUGUGUGGAUUUCACUUCCAUUGCCUCCCGCUUCUGGCAUUUCCCAAAGAACCAAGAGGAGAACAAUAGGUACCUUUGACAGCAGAAGAUUUGAGAACGGGUCCUCCAGGCAAAAACCUUGUGUGCUGCCCUCCACAUCAGGUGAAGAAAGCAGUGAGGGCUUUGCUGCUGCUGCUGCCAGUUUACCUGCGAAGAGAAGGAAGAGCUUUUGUACAUCUACACUUGCAGAUCCUAAAAAUACCACCCAGUCGAGAGGCUACAAAAGAACCACCUUUCUCAACCAGAAGGAAGCUCUCCAAGUGACUUCGAGAGAAUCGGACGUAUCAGCAAACUAAAGCAGUAACUGACAUUCCCUGCAGAAUGCUUUGGCAAGAGAGAAGGUAACCAGCCAUUCAUACCUGAAAGAUUCUUUCAUCCCAGUUCCCAUCCUUUGUGCAACCUCCGUAUUUUAAAAGUUUCAAAUAAAAUUAUUUGAGUAGAACCUACUUUGAAGUAGAAAUAAGUGAAUUUCUCCAUCUUUCAAACUGAAAGCAUUGUAUUAAACAUGUUCUCCCCCCAAAUGAUAAAUGCUUUAUUGGUAUUCUGUUAAAAAGGAUUGCUUUUAGACCUAAAAGCAUGUCUCUUAAGUUUUAUUUCAUGUUAGGACAUAUUUACCACUGAAGGUUUAGAGUUUCUGUUGGAAAAAAAGCAUCUUUUAGAGUUGACUUGUUAUAUCUGGAUGAGAAGAGCGUUUUGUUUUGUUCUUUAACAAAUUGAUAGAAUUAAUGUAACUUUAUGAAAAUUGAAGGUAACAUAAGGUUGAAACUGUUAAAGAAAGUGGGGUGAGGUAUGUUUUUAUUUUAAAAGGCUGCCCCAAAAAAACUGGUUAAAACUUUUAACAAUUAGGAAAGAUGGGAAUGAUAAAAUUUGGUUUUUUCCCUUUGGGUUAAAGUUAAGAGAAGCUUUAAUAAUUUACUUUGUCUCAAAUAAAAAUUUUAUUUUAAUAGAUUAAAAUCAAAUCUUAAGCAUGGGAUUUUGGAAAAUUCUUUCAAUAACCAGAAUAUUGCAAAUCUGUCAUUAUAAAGUGAAUAUAUAAUUUAGAAAUAACUAACAUGGAAGCAUUUUGACCUUCAAACAACACUCUUGUAUGCUUUGGGGGGGUAGGAAGUACGGGUUUGGUUUUUGGUGAAAAUAUAAGCAGUCUAGUUGAAGACUCAUCUCCCAGAUCAUUCAGAUUAGUCACAGGUAAUUUGGGAUUGAAUUCAUGGUUUUCCAUUAAAAAAAAAAAGAAAAUCCAGAAACUCACUUAAAAGGCCCUAAAAAAUUGGUUUACUAACAUGAAGCAUGGUGGCAGGUUGCUGAUUUCUUUUUUAACAUGGCAUUUUCCAGCCUUUCUGACUUUUUAUUUCACCAUACCAAGAACUAGCACUUGUUUUGGUUUGUCCAGUUAAGCUUCAGCAGUAUAUCCUAUCACAAUUUUGGUGGCAGCAGUUUGAAAAUCUAAAUUGCUAUAUUUUUAGAAUUUGUGAAUGCAGGUAAAUCAUUGUAGCAUUAAACAAUUGUCUUUGAAAUCCUUUAAAUCAUUAAACUCUCCUACUCCUGCGAUAGCAGAAACAUGUUAACAAAUAGGGCUCUCUAUAAAUAACACAACAGGGAAGAAAGCUCCUGCUGGGCGCCCAUUUCCCCUGCCUUAGAUAGAGACUAUUUGUUACCUUCUUGGCACCAAUAGGUCUGGAACUCCUGCUGCUAAAGACUAAUGUAUUUUACAUUAACACUCAAAGUGAUCCCCAAUUUCUCCUGCUAAAGGGUGGAUUGUUUCAAAAAUUCUUUUAUCUUUACACGUAAAUUAUUUAUGGGCUUUUCCCCCCAUUUAUAGUUUGGUAUGGUUGGCAAAUGUCUACCACUGAAAACAAACCAAAAAAAAAAAAAACUUCUUAUGAAGCUUUUUGGUUUUGGUCAUUUAAAAAAAAAAAAAAAACUUUCAGAAACAUACAACGUUAGAGGGUUUUGUUUUUUAAAAAUUUUGUGUUCUUUGUUCAUAGGAAGGUUAAAAUUACUGUUAUUUUCUACCAUUUUUACUGUAUGAUAUAUGAUCUCAAUUGUAUUUGAAUUUUUUUCAGAAUUUCACGUGCUUGGUUUUAUUUCCCAAAAAGUGCUAGUGAGGAUGAAGCAGACAUUUUGGUCUGUGAUUUUUUUGGUUGUGAUUUUUUUGGCUUGGUUUUUCAAAUGUAAAAUUGUUCUCAUUUUCAAGCAUCUGCAGUUAGAAAGAUAAACACUUUACAAGUUCUAUUCCUUUUAAAAUAUUACAGUAUGAAUAUUUUGUUGCUAUCUGUAAAUAACAAAUGGGCUGUUUUCCUAAAAAGAAGUCUUGAGAAAUCAAAACAACUUGGAGGUAUUGUAUCCACCAUCUCAUUUGUAUUAUAAAAUUUGUGAAAAGUUAAUGAUUUCUGUAUGUCAUCAUGCUUGUGUGUUUUUAACUGUUUCUUUUCAUUAAUGGCUAAAUCAAAAAUUUGCCUUAUCUUUUCUACCGCAGUAACCCUUGACAUUUUGCCUUAGAAUGGCUUCUACGUUUAUCUUUUCCUGCUCCCAUAGAUUCUUGCUUGUUCCAGAAGAUGGCAGCAUGACAUCUGAAGUUCUCAUCCUGUGUGCACUACCUUAACCCAGGGCAGCUCUUCACUGUUGCUACGGGUGCUUCCCCUUAACUUUUAUUUUCACUCAUUUUUAUUACAAAAGUCCUAUGUGUCUACUGAAAGAAGUAGAGAACUGUGCAUAAUGAAAAAGUGUCUUCCCCCCACCUAAUGCAAGCAUGCUGCAGCUACACCUUUCUCUCCCCACCUUUCUAGGUGUCAGCACCAGUAACAGCAGGCAAACCUCUUCCAGACCCUCUGCCUGUGUAAACAUAGGUUUUGUUGUUUUCUAAUGGGAUGGCUCUAUGUUCCAUUUUGCAAGUUAAAAUUUUUAUUCAACAUAAUACCAUUUUGGAGAGCCCUGGUGCCACUGCAGGCUUUUUAACCCCCGCAUAGAAUGAUACACUUUGGGUAUCUGUAAUGUAGUUAGCCAUCUCCCUACUGAAGGACGCUAGUUGCCUCCAGUUUUUUGUAAUUGAAAAUUAUGCCACACUGGGCUUGCGUGACGAUGUAAGAUAAGUUCCUUGAAAUUAAAAUUAAAUGGUUAUUCGGUUCUUUUCUCUGGAUCUGACCUGGCAAACACGUUGCUUCCAUUUUCUCUCACUGAUUGCCUCCACCCCCCAACGCCCAGACUUCAGCUGUAGACCUGGCAUAACAAGGAGGAAAUACUUAAUAAUGCCUGAUUUGUGCUUUGUAUUGAAAGAGCUCUUGUUUUCCUUUUCCUUUUUAAAGUCAGGUUUAUUGAGGUGUCAUUCACCUACAGUAAAGUUUACCCUUCUAAGCCUAGCAGUUUGAAUUUUGGCAAAUUCACGCCAUCAUGUAACCAUGACCGCCCCCCCCAUCACCCCAAAAGAAGUUUCCUCCUGCCUCUUUGCAGUCAGUCCCUCUCCCCCAACCCCAGCCCCUCACAAUCACUCAUCUGAGUUCUAUCCUUAUAGUCUUGCCUUUUCCAGAAUGUCAUAUAAAUGGAAUCAUACAGUGGGUAUCCUUUUGUGUCUGCCUUUUUAAACUUCGCAUAAUGCUUUUGAGGUUCAUCCAUGUUGUAUAAGUAAUUGGUUCCUGUUUGUUGCUAAGUAGUAUUCCAUUUUAUGGAUGUAUCAACAGUUUAUCCAUUCACCAGUUGAUGGAUAUUUGGGUUGUUUCUAUUUUUGGGCUAUUAUAAAUAAAGCUGCUAUAAACAUUCA